UGGUCGGCGCCGACGGAAGUGCAUUUAACGGGGCGGAAGUAGAGGAUCUCAGAGGCUAGGAAGGUGAAGGAGCGAGGAGCGGCGAAACCAGCCAGCUUCACCUCCCUCACUGAUUUAGCAUGGGGGAGAAGUCAGAAAACGGGAGGGUUCCAGAGGAUCUGGUAAGUGGUUUCCAAGUUACGGAUCCGCGGGAAGCAGAGUGUGCUCGCCCUCCAGUUUCUAAUUCCAAAGAUCACCAGUCCCAGAGCAAGCUGCUCAGGGAUGCUGAGGCGCGUGGCCAGGAGGACCAGGGAGAAGAGGAGCGCUUUCACGACUGCAGCGCCUCAUUUGAGGAGGAACCAGGAGUGGACAGGGUGGAGAACAAACCUGGUGAUGAUGUGAAUUCCUCUGAACUAGAUGAAGACUACCUAAUAGAACUGGAAAAAGACAUGCCAGAUGAAGAGAAACAGAAAAGAAGAGAAGAGAGCACUAGAUUGAAGGAGGAGGGAAAUGAACAGUUUAAGAAGGGAGAUUAUAUAGAUGCCGAAAGUUCUUAUAGUCAAGCCCUUCAGAUGUGCCCAUCCUGCUUCCAGAAAGACAGAUCUAUUCUGUUUUCAAAUAGAGCUGCUGCAAGGAUGAAACAGGACAAGAAAGAGAUGGCCAUCAGUGACUGCAGCAAAGCCAUUCAGUUAAACCCCACCUAUAUCAGGGCCAUAUUGAGGAGAGCAGAGUUGUACGAGAAAACUGACAAGCUCGACGAAGCGCUGGAGGACUAUAAAUCCAUAUUAGAAAAAGAUCCAUCAGUACACCAAGCAAGAGAAGCUUGUAUGAGAUUGCCGAAGCAAAUUGAAGAACGUAAUGAAAGACUAAAGGAAGAGAUGUUAGGUAAACUAAAAGAUCUUGGGAACUUGGUUCUCCGACCUUUUGGACUCUCCACAGAAAAUUUCCAGAUCAAACAGGAUUCCUCUACUGGCUCCUACUCCAUCAAUUUUGUUCAAAAUCCGAAUAAUAACAGAUAACAAAGAUAACAGUAGCUUUUAAAGCUGGCUAGUAAAUUGUGUGCUGCUUGCUGUUAGCAAGGGGCAAGGCCCUGCCAACGUUUAACUUGAACAGCAUCUUAUCUCCAAGCCAGGCCGUCCAGCAGAGCCCCGCACUCCCUUUUCCCUCGUGUUUUACGAUCAGGGUGAAAUGCGCUUCCGGAUGUAAUGAGCCUAAUUUAAUUUCCAUUUUAAGGUGGUGUCUGUGCAGUUGCUGCCUCUGGCUCUGGCUGUCCUUUAUUUUGUCCGGGGGGAAGCCUUCUUGCUAAGGCUGACCUCCCUGAGCCUCACACACACACAAGGCCAGAGUCUCUCCUGGACCCCGCCCACCUGCCGGUCGGAGACUGCCCAGACACGAUUGAUGGGGUUCCCGCCUGCUGUCCCCUCUCCCUGAUCACACUGCUGUGCGUGGGCUCCAGCGUCUCGAUUUCCUCUGUGGUAAUAAACGCUUUCUGUG